UAUUUGUUUUGUCCCUCUUGCUCACCGUAGUUGUUAUAAUCCAAAAUGGCAGUAUCCUUGAGGACGAUUUGUACCGCAGCAUCGAGGCAGUCAAUACGCUCAUUUUCAUCGACGUGUGUGAGCCAUGCAGGAAAGAAGUGGAGACUGGAAAAUGGUUUAGCAAAUAGCGGUUCAGAGUAUGGACCGAUAACAGAUCUACCUGACUGGUCAUUUGCAGAUGGAAGGCCUGCACCUCCACUGAAAGGACAGAUCCGCAGACAAAAGCAAAGAGAGGAGUUUGCUAGAAGAGCAGUGUAUCUCAAUGCAGAGGUGGAUGAAGGGAUGAAGCAAUGGUGUGAGAGGAAGGAAGCUGAGAAACAGAAAGAAGAGCAUGUGAAAUCCUUAUUGCUGAAACCUAAGGGAAAUUUAUUAUUAAAAAACAAAAAAUAAAGAUACUUGGGGACAAAAAAA